AUGUUGUCAUCCAUCGUCGCUGCGCCUCCCCUCGUCGUCACCCCAAUAGUGUGUCUGGCUCUUCUUCUAGUCUACUAUCUCGGCGCGUACCUCUUCCAAAAUAAGGGCUUGUCAGACAUUCCCGCAGCCUCACCAUGGGCUGCCUUAACUAGAUUAUGGCUGGUGCGCGAAGCGAGAUUCGGUCGACGCUAUCUCACUGUCGACAAGGCGCACAAGAAGCAUGGCGACAUGGUCCGUAUCCAGCCCAACCAUGUCUCGAUAGCCAAUGUCGACGCCAUCAACGCCAUCUACGGUCAUGGCAAGAGGUCCACUGUCGCGCCUGACUUCUACGACGCCUUCGUCGCCGUCUCGCGCGGUCUCUUCAGCACCCGGGAUCGCGCUGACCACACGCGUAAGCGCAAGAUUGUCUCGCACACAUUCGCGGCCAAGAGCGUCAUGCAGUUUGAGCAGUACAUGCACCAGAACCUGAACGAGCUCCUGCGCCAGUGGGAUUUCAUCUGCGAGCGAACUCCUGCGAACGCCAAAUUUGCACGCUUUGAUUGCCUUCCCUGGUUUGCCUAUCUCACCUUCGACACCAUCGGAGACCUUGCCUUCGGCGCUCCGUUCGGCAUGUUGAAGAACGGCACAGACACGGUCGAAUACAUGGACUAUCCCGGCGGUCCUUCCAAAUACAUGCGUGCCGUCGACGCGCUGAGUAGGCGUGGCGAAGCCUUUGCUGUGCUGGGAUGCCUGCCAUUGUUGAAGACCAUCGGCCAUCUCCUGCCCGACCCGUUCCUGCGACAUGGCGUCCGCUCUGGGGAACAGGUUGCAGGGAUCGCCAUUGCGCGGGUCAACGAACGCCUUGUGUCGACAGCAACAAAUGACAAUAAGCGAUUGGAUAUCCUGGCACGCUUAAUGGAGGGCAAAGAUGUGAACGGCCAGCCGUUAGGUCGAGAGGAACUCACCGCGGAGGCAUUGACCCAGCUCAUUGCCGGUAGUGAUACUACCUCAAAUACUCUUACGGGUGUCUUCUAUUGGCUUCUGAGAACUCCCGGGGUUCUUCAAAAGCUCCAGGCCGAGCUUGACACUGUUAUCCCCUCCCCAACUGACCAGGUUUAUUUCCAGUCUGUCAAGGACCUCCCAUAUCUUAAGGCCUGCAUGAAUGAAGGCAUGCGUAUCCACUCCACGUCAGCUCUCGGUCUCCCUCGCGUUAUCCCUUUUAAUGGCCCCGCUGUAGAUAUCUGCGGUCACAAGUUCGAGCCCGGCACCGUGUUGUCGGUACCCAGUUACACAAUCCAUCGCCUCGAGAGCAUCUGGGGCGCUGACAGCAACCAAUACCGACCGGAGCGCUGGGAAAGUUUAACAUUAGAUCAAAAGAAGGCCUUUGUGCCGUUCGGUCACGGACCUCGGUCCUGUGUAGGACGCAAUGUUGCGGAGAUGGAGAUGACGCUCGCGCUGGCGAGCUUGGCCCGGCGCUACGACUUUGAGCUCUACCAGGACAAGUUUGACACGUGGGAGGGGUUCUUGCGAAAGGGGUUUCACUGCGAGGUGGGAAUUCGCAGGAGAAUGACAUAA